AUCCAGCCCUCUCCUCCGCUCAGUCCGCACACCGGCACGCGCGCGUCCUGCGUUGGAUUUUGCUCGAAGGGAACACAAACAGUCAGACAGGACGUUAAUUUAUAACCACUGGAAACUUUCAGGAGCUGCGACAAAAGUUUGAGCAGGCGGCACAAUGGCUGGUCUCAAGUACCUGAGCGGCUUUGGGAAUGAGUUCUCUUCUGAAGACCCUCGUUGUCCCGGAUCCUUACCCGAGGGACAGAACAACCCUCAGGUUUGCCCGUACGGCCUCUACGCCGAGCAGCUCUCCGGCUCUGCCUUCACCUGCCCCCGUCCAGCCAAUAAGAGGAGCUGGUUUUACCGCAUAAUCCCGUCUGUUAAACAUAAACCUUUUGCCCCGGUGCCCUGUGGCAACCUGACAGAGAACUGGAACGAGGUGGAGCCUGAUCCUAACCAGCUGCGAUGGCUACCUUUCACCAUUCCCAAAUCUACAGACAAGAAAGUGGACUUUGUGACUGGUCUUCAUACUGUCUGCGGUGCUGGAGACGCUAAAUCCCGCAACGGCAUCGGAAUCCACAUGUACACCUGCAACUCCUCCAUGGUAGACAGGUGCUUCAACAACUCAGACGGAGACUUUCUGAUUGUCCCCCAGCAGGGUGAGAUCUUGAUCACCACCGAGUUCGGGAAGAUGAUGGUCGAGCCGAACGAGAUCUGUGUCAUCCAGCAAGGGAUGCGCUUCAGCGUGGAUGUGUUUGGAGAAACCCGAGGAUACAUACUGGAGGUGUACGGAGCCCAUUUUGAACUCCCCGACCUCGGACCAAUAGGAGCCAACGGUCUGGCCAACCCCAGAGAUUUCCUGUGUCCAGUUGUGUGGUACGAGGAUCGCAAAGUGCCCACCGGCUACACCGUCAUCAACAAGUACCAGGGGAAGCUGUUCGCCUGCCAACAGGAUUUCUCCCCGUUCAACGUGGUCGCCUGGCACGGGAACUACACACCUUACAAAUACAACCUGGAGAACUUCAUGGUCAUCAACUGUGUGGCCUUCGACCACGCGGAUCCGUCCAUCUUCACCGUCCUGACCGCCAAAUCCAACAGACCAGGUGUGGCCAUUGCCGACUUUGUCAUCUUCCCCCCGCGCUGGGGUGUGGCCGACCACACCUUCCGUCCGCCGUACUAUCACCGGAACUGCAUGAGUGAAUUCAUGGGUCUGAUCAAGGGCCACUACGAGGCCAAAGAGGAGGGUUUCCAGCCGGGAGGGGCCAGCCUCCACAGCAUCAUGACCCCACACGGCCCGGACGUCGACUGCUUCGAGAAGAACAGCACCGCCGAGCUCAAGCCUGAGAGGGUGGCCGAGGGAACCAUGGCUUUCAUGUUUGAGUCGUCCUUCAGCAUGGCCGUGACUAAGUGGGGCCUACAAACAUGCCAGAGGCUUGACAAGACCUACUACAAGUGUUGGGAAGGUCUCCGCAGCCACUUUAACCCCAAAUGGAAGCCCAGCAAAGAGUAAAGAAACUACAAGUUAAAAGAAAUGUGGACCAAAAAAACACGGAUGUUACCUAAAUAAUUAUAAUAAAAAAUAAAAAUCCUUAUUCUACUUUAACUACACGCAACCCAGACUUUGUUGUGCUUGGCUUUCUUUGCUAAACAUCACAGGAAUAGUCACAUAUAUUGAGAGAAGCUCAAUAAAACUGAGCAGUUGUGA